AUGACCAGUGAUGAGAAGAACGGGCUCUUGCCUCAUUUAUACCACCAACGCCAGUCUCUUUUACUUUGUGCAGUCCACGCCAUCAACAAUGUUUUACAACGCGAGGCCGUCACUAAGGCUGACUUAAAUAAGAUCUGCGAAGAACUCGCACCCGAAUGCUCGCCACUAACAAAUCCUCACAGGAAUCUCCUUGGUCUUGGAAACUUCGAUGCGAACGCCUUAAUUGUCGCCCUCCAGCAGACCGGCCAUGAUAUAGUUUGGUUUGAUAAACGGACCACCCUGGCCGAGCACCGUCUAGACUGGAGUAAAAUUGUCGGCUGCAUCCUAAACACACGUCGGAAGAACCUUGCUCUCAUUGGCGGGCGCCACUGGAUCGCCUUCCGUGGCAUCCCAACCAAAGAUCCUGCUGUGAUAAGCUACUACGACUUUGACUCCAAGCUGCGUCAACCAGCGCUGGUCGCUAGGUCGCAUGCUGAAUUCUCGAGUUACAUUGAAAAGCGUCUGAAAGAGCUUCCCGAUUCGCAGCUCCUCUUUGUCGUCUCCAAGGAGGUGCUUUCUGAUCGAACGUGGCGCCUGCCUUCGUCUGAGACGUAA